AUGGAGCCAAGACUCGGAACAUUUCGUGUACUGGGCUUCUGGCAUGCAUCUUCAUCGAUCAGUACUAUAGUAACAUGUCCUUGGAUCGGUUUUAAUUUCGCAGCGACGGUGUUCGGGGGUUGCCACAAGUUGGAGCCGCUGCCGGCGGGGAAGAAGGCGAUGUGGACAAGAGAGAUGGACUGCCUCCUCUCCGUCUGCGACUACAUCGUCGAGUUCUACCCGUCCACGCAGACCCUGCCCGACGGGACCAAAGUUGAGGUCAUGGCGACCAGACCAAGAUCGGACAUCUACAUCAACCUUCCCGCGCUCGAGAAGCUCGACGCUAUGCUCAUCUCAGCAAUGAUGAUCCGAUCAUGCGCGACGGACGGUGCAGGACAUUCUGGACAGCUUCCAGAAGGCGGAGUUCUGGCGCGCAAGGACCUUCAGCAGAGGCGCGACUGCGCCAACCAGAUCCACAAGGCCGCCGUCGCCAUCAACAGCGGCGUCCUCGGCGACAUGGAGGUGCCAGAGUCGUUCACGGCCGUGCUCCCCAAGGAUGUUGGGCAAGCGAUCCUGGAGAGCUACUCAAGAGUGUUGGAGAGCUUGGCUUUCAACAUUUUUUCAUGGAUCGAUGAUGUUCUUUUCGUCGACAGGUCGAUUAGGAAAUUGAAUGACAACCUGAAACCCUGA